AUGCAAGACAAUAACAACAGCUCUUAUGUGGAUUUCAACCCGCAAGCUCCGAUUCGAGUCCACCACCAUCAACACCAAAAUUUCCCCACGAUCCACGAAAAUUUCCCCCUUACAAAUGGUGCCAAUCAAGAAACCCUAAGAGCAAAUUCGGCAAGCGAUGAGGAUGAACCGAGUUUUAACGAGGAUCCCAAGGGAAAAAAGUCAACCUCUCCAUGGCAACGCGUGAAAUGGACAGACGCAAAAGUUCGUCUUUUAAUCACGGCCGUCUCAUACAUAAACGAGGAGAUGGCCCACGAAAACGGACCUAAAAAAAAACUCGCAAAUUUGCACAAAAAGGGAAAAUGGAAAUCCGUUUCAAAAGUCAUGGCCGAGAGAGGCCACUUAGUUUCUCCCCAGCAGUGUGAGGACAAAUUCAACGACCUUAACAAACGGUACAAGCGGCUGAACGAGAUUUUGGGAAGAGGGACUUCUUGUGAGGUAGUUGAGAAUCCCGCGCUUUUGGACUUGAUGGACCAUCUUUCUGAUAAGGCCAAAGACGAGGUUCGAAAAAUCUUGAGCUCGAAACAUUUGCAUUACGAGGAGAUGUGCUCGUACCAUAAUGGGAACCGUUUGCAUUUGCCACCCGACCCAAAUUUGCAGCAUUCUUUGAGAUUGGCUCUCACGAGCAGAGACGGUCAUUUCAAUGAAGAGAAUGAUGAAAUUGACGAUCAAGAAGGGGAAUUUAAUGAGUGUGAAGAGAAUUUGGGCAAAAGGGUCAAAUUGUGCCCGAGUCAUGAGGAGUUUAGCUUCAAGAAUUCUCUGGGCCCUCAUGAAAAUGUAAUUUCGCAAACGAGCAAGGCAAGUAAUUGGAAUAAGCUUCAGCUGGAGGAGGAGAGGCUGCAUAUAGAGGCCCAGAUGCUGGAAUUAGAGAAGCAGAAGUUUAAGUGGCAGAGAUUUUGUCGUAAAAAGGAUCGGGAGUUGGAGGUGAUGAGGAUGGAGAUCGAGAGGAUGAAGCUCGAGAAUGAGAGGAUGGCUUUGGAAUUAAGGCGGAAGGAGAUGGGUUUGGUUGAAUGA